CAGCAACUGCAGCAGCAGAGAAUUACUGACCGCAAGGUGACAGGCAUGGUUAACGAUAUGGCUGCCAUGCAACGACGACAGGACAGUGCUGAACGACGAAUGGCUGAGGGCCAGGCUCAGAUGGAUAAACGAAUGACAGAUCUGGAGAAGCAGGUUUUAGAGCUCAAGUCGCAUACCGCUGCAGGUUCUGGGGCAUCCACUGGAGCUACUUCUGCUGGCUUUGGGGGUGAGGCGACUUGGCCAAACGAGAGCAGGCGUCCAUUCCGAGCCUUCAAUCCAGAGUGGAUCGAUUUUCGUGGAUGGGUGAUUGACUGGAGUAAUCCGAUUCGACGGUCAGAGCAAAUGAUUUCAGAUCGGGACGUGGGCAUUCUCAUUCACAACUUGAAGAUGAGCCUUCCAGAGGAUGACCGUGCGAAGAUUGACGAGCUUGGUACGCUUCGUAUGAAUGGGAAUCGUCCCAACUACGCAAACUUCCGCAUCAAGUUUACCACUGGUACUGAGUCAGACGUACUCUGGAGGUGCAAAAAGUUUUGGGAAGAAGCUCUGAUCCCGCCUGAGGAUCGAACUGAGGAGCAAAGGUCUCUUGCCCGUCCGACACCACAGGAUCUUUUCAAAGACAUGGACAACAGACCGUGUGCGGCUGGAGGCUCCAUUCGGAUCAAGACACAGGCGCCGCCAUGGAAAGAGGACCACAUCAAUGCUGUUGGCAGAUUCCAUGGUGUGUGGCGCGAUACGGUCGUUGCGAGGAAUCCUGAUACGCCAAUGAAGAUCAAGGGAGUGCCUGGGAGUGGAAAGGGGG